AUGCAGCUUGCAGAGAACAAGGACAUUAUUCACGAAAAAAACUGUGUGAUUCGUCAACUGCGAGCUGAAAGAGAGGCGAGCAAAUUGGAAUUUCUUACACACAGGAAGCGAAUCGAAGAGUUGGAACAACUGCUAGAUGAGAAAACUGAACAGUUGAACAACGUGAAAACAGCUGAAGAACAAUAUGACAUUGUACUUCGUUCUUUACAACAGGACGUGAAGAGUAAAAAUGAGAAAAUAUUGCAUUUACAAAGCCAAAUAAGAACUACCGAGCAGAAGUAUGAUGAAAGUGUGAAGCAGUCGGAGACAAGGUGCAAUCAGUUACGUAAAGGUAUUGAGGAAAUUGCUGCCUUGCUGGAUUGUGAACCUGUCCUGGAAAAUUGUCUUAUUAAGCUGACCGAAUGUUUGCGAACCCAAUCACUGUACCAAACGAAAAUCACACAAAAGACCGAUCAGAUUGAAUCAUUUGAAUUUGAACAACGUGCAGCCCGGGAGACUGUUCUACGCUUGUCCGGAGAAUUAAAUAAGGAGCAGCAAGAGAAGGAAGCUUUGAAAGCACAAGUUCAAUCCUUGCAAACCGUACGUCCGUGGUGCGAUUGA